AUGGAGCAGCAGCUCCUUCAUCAUUGCUUUUUAGCGGUGCUUUCUGCAGCAGCAGCAGCAGCAGCAGCAGCAGCCGCUGUCGCCCCCGCCCCAACAGCAGCAGCAGUCGCGGAAGGAGCCCCGCCCCCUGCAGCAGCAGCAGCAGCAGCAGCAGCAGCAGCAGCAGCUCCCCCCCUCUUCCCCGCUGCUGCAGACCCCAUGGAGGCUAAGCCCGAGCUCUAUUCGCGGGGGUGGUUUCACCGGCGGCAGCAGCAGCAGCAGCUGCUGCUGCCGGUGGUCAGCAUUGUUCUUGCUGUUGCAGCAGCAGUUUUUCUCGUGCUGCGCUGCUUCAAAGUUCUUUCCAAGUCCAACUUCAGCAGCAAAUUUAAACUCUUCAGCAGCAGAAGACUGGCAGAGAAAGGCCGAGACGAGAACGACUGCACAGUGAGUCAAGCUUGCAGCAGCAGCUGCUGCAGAGCUGCAGCAGCUGCUGCCUCAGAGCUGCAGCAGCUGCUGCUUCAGAGCUGCAGCAGCAACAACUGGCGAGGAGCAGCAGCACCAGCAGCAGCAGCAGCAGCUGGAGCAGCACCAGCAGCAUAA